AUGCCCAAGACAGCAUACGAACUCGAGCGCGAAGCGAACAUCGCAAAGAAUCGGGCAAUACUCGAAGAGCUCGACCUCAAGGGCGCGGUCGCCCAGCUCGGGCUGCCCUCCAAAGGCGCGCAGGCGAAGAGAGCGGCCGCGGCAGCGAAGCCGGUGCAGCCCGCGAAGAAGCGCAAGCGCGAGGAGAAGGACGAGGCGCCCGCGCCUAGGAGGCAGUCGACGCGCCUGAGGCGGGCGGGCGCGGCGGACCCGAAUGAGACGCCGGCGGAGAGGAAGAUACGGGAGAAAUUGGAGGAGGAGAGGAGGAUGAAGGAGGAGGAGGAGCGCCUGGAGGCGGAGGAGAAGGCGCGGGAGGCGCGCAAGCCGCGCCAUCAGGACCUGGAUCUGGAGACGUUGAUGGAGGGCGAGCAGCCAGAGGACGUUGCCGCGCUGAAGAGCACGCUCGCGGAGGUCUGCAAGACUUCGCACGCAAAGCGGACCGCCGAGCAGGAUGCAUUUGUAUUCGACGACGACGAGAAGGAGGAGGUAGGGCUGGCUGCGCUGAGGAAGAGGAUGCAGAAGCUAAAGGUCGUGGCGCGCGCAAAGGUGACCCAGGAUAGGGUGUAUAGUGCGGUGUACCACCCGGAAGUGAGCAAGGAUAUUAUUCUGUUUGGAGAUAAGCACGGGCAGUUGGGGCUCUGGGAUGCUCGCGCCGCUCCGGAUGAGGUGGCGGGCGAGGACGAGGAGGUCUCGGCCACCGCUAAUGGAGAGGAUGGCAAAUAUUGGCGCAUGCAAGCUCACUGGCCCGUCACGUCCAAGUCCUCGAUAUCCACGGUUAAACUCGACCCCAUAGACUCUAACAACGUAUUCACCAGUGCUUACGACUGCACUAUCCGAAAAUUGGAUCUCACUACCGGGGUCUCGAGAGAAAUCCAUUCGACAGAGGAUGUCCUAAUCUCAAGUAUCGACCUCCCUCCCGCUGGCCACGAAAUGUGGAUAUCGGAUGCUCUCGGCGGCAUAAGCCAUCUCGACCUGCGAGAGCACCCGUCGAAAGCCAGGUGGUACGGCUUGUCCGACCAGAAAAUCGGCUGCGUUAGCAUAAACCCGGUCAACCCGCAGUACCUGCUGACGGCGUCAAACAGCAGAGCUCUCAGAUUGUGGGAUGCACGCAAGCUGCAGACAUUCUCUGGGGUGGCCGAGGGCGCGUUGCUUACGCCCCCGCCCUCGUCCCCGGUUCCAGCUUCGCGCAUACGUGGCGCGACUACUGAUGAUAGGGCUGGCCCCGAGGAGCACGGGGCCGAGGAGGUCGAGCAGUUCCUCAAGUCGAAGCGGGGAAAGGGCUGCUUACGUGCCGAAUGGGUCCACGGCAAGUCGGUGAGCUCUGCGUACUGGGACCCGCGGGGAAGGAGUAUUGUUAGCACUUCCUACGAUGAUACUCUGCGCUUAUGGGACAUAAGACCGGCUGCCUUUGAUAAGGGUACCACUCUUCCCUCGUUCCGGCCCUUCAGCCAGAUCCGUCACAACUGUCAGACGGGCAAGUGGUUGACAAUUUUGAAGGCACAGUGGACUCCGAACCCUGACGUGUACCCACAUUUUACGAUUGGGAAUAUGGACCAUUCUCUGGAUAUCUUCUCAUGCAAGGGAGACGUCGUUGCUAAACUCUCGGAUCGUCAGAGAAUCUCGGCUGUGCAAGCGGUAACUUGCUCACAUCCCAGCAUCGUUGAACGCGCGGCUAGUGGGAAUGCAAGCGGCCGAUGUGUUCUCUGGGCCCUACCGGAUGACUCUUCGUAGCAUCCUAGUAAUGAUGCACCUCUGUUUUUGUGAUGUAAUCGGAUUGGUAUACGAAUGUAGGUUAUAAGGAGGCUGAUCAACUCAUGAUGUUCCAUCCUUCGGGAAACAAUUCUG